UCGGUUUUAUUUCCUCUUCUCAAGCUUCAGCUCUCAGGCUUCAAGAGUUGUUUCUCUUUUUCUCUCUCAGCUGGAGGAAGCGCUCACUGCUGCCCCCGCUGGGGCCCUGAGAAACACCCCCCUCUCACACACUCUCACAGACAGGCAGGGCUUUCCGGAGUUCAGCGCUCUCCGCCGCGCGCCGCGAUGAAGGACCAGAACAGCAGCGAGGAGAUCGAUAAAAUACUCCAGGAUGCUCCAACAGCACGGAAAGCCCUGCUGGACAACUACAGCAACCUGUUCAGCGUGGCGGAGUACUGCGAGAAGAACUACCUGCAGGCAGGAGGAGAUACCACUAAAGCUCUUGAAGAAACCAAGGCCUUCACCACUCAGUCUCUGGCCAGUGUUGCCUAUCAGAUUAGCACACUAGCUAGCAAUGUGCUCAAACUGCUGGAUGCCCAGACCUCACAGCUCUGCCAGAUCGAGUCCUCCGUCAACCUGAUUGGACUGACGGUGGACAUGCACAGGGAGAAGGUGGCUCGUCGAGAGAUCGGUGUUUUUACUGUGGGGAAAAGAUACAGCAGGAGUAACAAAGUCAUCCCACCAUCAGGGGGAAAAGGACCCCAGCCCAAAUAUUCCCGCACACCCAUCACAUACGCUGCUCUGGACUCACUCGGCCACGGCAUGAAGGACUCUAAGAAACCACAGGAAAGAACGGCGACCAUGACUCGCAAACAAAGCACACUGGGCAGAAACAGUCGUCCUGCAGAGCCUGUGCAGUGUCCAGUGGCCCCCACUUUAUCCCGUGGAGCAUCCCAGACCUCGCUCAAUGAUAAAUCUGUCACGUCCAGCUUCGGAAAGGCAGUGGCCCCACCAGUGGUGCCUAACUGGCCAGCCCCUGAUUCUGACAUCAUCACCACUCUGCUGGAUGAGGUGUCCACACCCCCACCCCCACCACUGGAGGGCGAGAAAGAGGCAGAGUCUGCACCGGGUGCUCCUCCACCCCCACCCCCACCGCCUCUGAUGGACUCCUGCGACCUCCUGCCACCCCCACCCCUGCCGCCUGGAGAGGAGAGCCCUAUCCCUGUAGACCAGAGUGGCAUUCCCCCACCUCCCCCUGCCCCACCACUGGAGACAGUGCCAGAGGAAAUCAGCUUGCCUCCUCCAGAAGCUCCAGCUGAUCUCCUCCCUCCUCCAGAGAGUGACGGCCUGCCGCUCCCAGCUCCUCCACCUCUGCCUGGAGUGGAGAAUGGAGAAGCUCGUCGCUCUCGUCGCUCCAGAACCCGUCUGCCCCCCAGCUCUCGCUCCCUCUCUCUGAGGCUCCGCCGGGGCCCCGCCACUCGCCUCUACACACACUCUCUCUACCUGCCCACCACACACUCACUCAUGAUCCCCCCACCCCCUCCAUAUCCUCCUCCUAUGGCUCCGCCUGCCGCUCUGAGUGCGCUGUCCCGGAUCCCCGCCCGCCUACAGCACCUGGACCUGGAGAUUCCAGCCCCUCCACCUCCUGUGCUCAUGGACUGCAUGGAUGGCUUUGAUGACAUUCCACCUCUGCCUCCACCAGUGGACUACGACACCUCUGCACCUACAGAAUACUUGGAGAAAGUGGUGGCACUGUACAGCUACGAUACGGGCAAGCAGGGUGAUUUGGCCUUCCAGGCGGGGGAUGUGAUCUACCUGACGAAGAGGAAUGAGGACGGCUGGUGUGAGGGGGUCAUGAACGGGGUGGAGGGAUAUUUCCCUGGAAACUAUGUGAGCACUGCCAGCUAAGUGACCACAACCAGCAACGGAAGACUGGACGGGAACGCUGGAGGGAAGGAUGUGCUGUGUAAUAUGUUGGGAUCAACAGUGCCAUAUUCACGAGAAUCACCAAAUCACUGAAAAUGUGUUAGAGUUUUAUAAUUCAGGAGUGUUUUUAUUAUACCUAAAUGCUAGUGUAUUUUUGUUUAUAACUAAUAGCUAUAUAAUUAUAGGGCUGGGUGGUACUGAUAACAUUUUAACAAGUGAUAUAUUGUCUUCCAAUAUUAUAACUUUC